GGACGGCUGUCAGCAAGUACGAAAACUUGCAAGCCAACUACAAGGACACGAUGGCGGUCGUCCUGCAUGCCGAGGGCGGCGACCUCAGGAAGGUCACGAGGAUCCCUAAGUCGGAGGCGGAGCUAGUGGAGCUUCACGUUGAGGAGGAGAAGUUCAAGAGGUGCACAACAAAGUACGGCGGCGGUGAAGGAAACGAACGAGAGGAAUAUGGGCGGUGGGAACGACAUCCGACACGGAUGCAGAAGCUAUGUAGUUCAUUUCUGCACAUGGAUCAGGGGGUGUUACUUAUCGGAACGCCACAUGCUGGACUUCUGUGGGAGCUUCUGCGCGCGGGCUAUCAUGUUUUUGCAUGCGACGGAUCAUCUAAAGACAUCUCGUACAUGACAAAGGCCAUCGACAUUCUUGGGAAGGACGCAAGAAAUGAUUGCACGGUUGAAAGGCAGAAGAUGGCGCAGCGCCCGGAUAGAGAUAUGUACCACAAGCUGGGCAAGAAGAGAAACAAGAUGUGGGACUAUCUGUUCCAAGGCCAACCCAAAUCGCCAUUUGAGAAUGACUACAUAAUUCGCAAAGCGAUGACACAGGAAGAGUAUGGUGGCUACCAUAAAGCGCAGGUGGGUGCGUUUGCAAUGUUCGUGGCGAGAUGUGAACAAAUAAGGUUCGGAGCCAAUCAGGCUACGCUGUCGUAUGAUGAGUACAACAAAAUUGCCAAAACAACCGAUUCAUGGAAUCCGAUAGAGAGCGACGAGGAGACCGAAACAUCGGACCUUGAAAUCGAAGAGCGAGUGAAACGUUUGCGAGAGGGAAUGCAGAGUGUGCCAGCAUGCAGCGUGCCGAACGCGAAUCGAGAAGAAGGUCGCACGAAAUCGGGAGGUGCGAGCAGUCCAAUGCGUGACGUGACCGACAGGGCGAGUUCCGUUGAACAGAUGCAAACGGAUUCGCCUACGCCCCUCCAAGCACUUGAUAAUACAUUGAUUCAUGACAAUCGUCACUGUCUCCUGGGGAGGCAUCGCACUCUUCAAGGAAACACGGAACACAACAUGAUGGCAGACGACGAUGAGGAUGACUUGGCGGUUCCAGAUGCACUUCCAAGGCUGAUGCCUGGUGAUGAUAUUCCCAAUCGCAUUGUGCAGACCAUCGAUUGGAAGAUCGAACUUCCUGCAUGUCAAGGCAUCGAGACAAUCCAGUUGGGAUGCUCACAGCUUGGGGGCCAAUUGACGACGCACUUUGCUGCCAGUGUCGGGGAAGCGAUGAGUCAAACUAAUGUCAAGAUAAUGGGGGUGGACAAGGGAACACGGAAUGUCGAUAAAGAUCCUUCGAACGUUGCAUCGUACGGGCCACCUCUAUUAACUCAGGCGGAAAACCAGAGUGCAUCGCAGAUGGAGAGCCCCACUCCUUCCACAAACGUGGCAAUUUCAGAUCGAAUGCAACAAGGUGGGUAUGGAGAACAUGCAAGUGAGGUGCAAAAAGAUUCCGAUAAGAUGAUGAAACUGUUGGAUGAGGCGGAGAAGGAUGGGAAGAGGAAGCUUGAGGGAUCAACCACGUCCCAAACAGUGAUUAAUUGUAUAUCGUUAAGCGAUGAAGGGGUAGACGUACAUGUACAGAGGCAUGAUGACAAUGAGGAUGUAAGGGAUAAUGUCGAUGAACAGAAGGAAGUGGAUGACGGAGGUCGACCUGCGAGACGGUCGACAAGAGAAAUAAAGAAAAGACACCCGGUUAAUGUGUAGAUAUAUGCAGAGGCUGAGUCCGGGUUGGUGCAACACUCUGUGUAUGUGUGUUAGUGCUUGUACGCAACUCGGAUAAAUAUUUUAGGCGAUA